AAUUAAUCAUGUCAUUGAAGGAAGGGGCAACAAGUUCGAUAAAACAUGCGUAAAGGAACAUGAACACCCUUAAUUCCAAAUCAUAAUAAUUGUUGUAUCAACAUCUUUUGCGUGCUACUUCCGUGUUGGCCUUCAGAAGAAAACCAUGUGAGCCAGCGUUUGCUCUUCCCUGUGUAACAUUGGAAGAGAAUCUAUGUAGCGAUAGGAAAUCGAUUGCGCAAAUACUCAUCCCCAUCUAUGUUUUUGUGUGUGCAUGCGUACGUACUUGUAUGUGUGUGUGUGUGUGUGGGUAUGAGAUCGUCUUACGUCGACUAUUUGUUCCCAUUGUCGGGAGCAACUCUCGUAAACCUACGGCGGUUCCUUGUACAAUUCUCUCUUGUGAUCUUUGCGAAACGCUGGUUUUGGGUGGAAAAGCACACGCAAAAGAAUGAGAAGUAAUCGAAGCUUCAUUCAUUGGUCUUAGUUCUGAAAAAGAAUGUAAGACAAUCAACCCUUCUUGCACUGGCGGCGACUGACGCGGCGACACACACUCGUUCAGCGCGUUUGCGGCCCAAUGGACGGGUGUGUGUAUUGGUGUUACGAACUUACGAAGCAACCCGAUGGUGGUGUGGUGUUGUAGAACCAGAGACACCAGAAUCGGGAGGCACCGCGAUGCGUUGACGAUGACGGGAGGGGGGCUACCCUUACGAAAUUCUACACGCUUUCUGUGUGUGUAUGGGCACUCGUGGCCGUUUUCGUGUGACAGAUUCUCUCUGUAGCUCUCCGCACACAGUGUACCCAAUGUAAAAGGGAUACGCUCUCGAGAUAGGCGAGAGCAAACGAACGAUCCCCGGCACAGAGCGGGCAGGGCCGGCCAGUCAGUUGCGAGUUUUCCAAGUCAUUACGGUACCACGCGGCGCAACUAGCAGCAGCAGCAGACACAACCUCGGUCGAAAAUUAAGGGAGCUGUCGGCAGUUGAACUCCGAUAACUGGUGCUUCCAGUUGAAUUUUUAUUCAAUAUCAGUGAACGAUUCAAGAUAAGAAACUGUACACCGUUUUACUGUCUAGCGUGCAAGUGUUACUUGAGUGGAAUAUAUAAAAAAACGAAUGAAGAGGCCUGAAAGCAGCCAAUAGCAGCGUUCCUUCACUAAACGGUGCUGAGCGAAGCUAGAACAAACACAUGGCACAUCAUAGUCAAAAUCGUGGCAUUGCAGUUUAAUCAACAAUUCGUUCUAAUUGUAUCGUGUAUGGUACGACAAGGUUUAGUGUUGAAAUUGGAAAUAACUCAACUAUUUACUAAGGCAGCAGUGCCCAUGCUACUAGUCGCUAACACUGCCCGCGAGCCGGAAAGAAGAGUUCAUUAGCACUGCUAUUUGGCCACGCUUUCCGUUUACAGCGCACAAGUCAGUGUGCGUUUUACUGGGCGUGAAAGCGGAAAGACAGCAGCAAAAAGGAACCGCAUUCACAUGAGUUCGCGAAAUUCGUAGUCAGUUCGGAGAAAAGGUGGUAUGAUAUUUAAUGGCGGCAUUGGCGAGACACGCCUGAACGCGUUUUUCCGACCAGAACUCUCCAACCACAUAAGUACGCACACACGAGUGGAGGGGAAAUUUGGAUGAAGAAAAUCACCCCAUGUGCAGCUGCUUCCCGGCGAGAAGGAAAAAUCCUAUAGGAAGUUGGCAGACCUUUCGUGCAUCUGCGCAGAACCCGCGAGACCGGCCAGCGAAGGAAACGACGCAACGGUGAAACGCAAAAUAGUAAAACGUGCUUUUGUGGCAUAAUUGCUACGGAUCCACGGAGAAAAGGAGAGAGCAAAAGAGAGCCAACAGGGGGUUUAAGUGAGUUGGCAUUGUUCCGGAAAAGAAAAAAACAUAAUAUAAGGACGCCAACGUUUUAACAAACUUGCCCCAUCGCCCCAGCCAGCAGCAGCUGUUACGAUAAAAAUGGGCUACGAUGACAUUUUGCAACACCUCGGCGGUUUCGGGCGAUAUCAGCGGCGCAUCUACGUGUUGCUGUGCCUGCCGGCAAUAUCCUGUGCAUUCCACAAGUUGGCGGGAGUGUUGCUAGCAGCACCGGACUACCGGUGCCGGUUGCCGUACGAACUCGAGAAUGCAACGUACCCGAUGCCGGACGAGCGGCUCACUCUGGCGUACCCGAUCGAUACGCUGACGGGCAAGUUCUCCACGUGUAACUAUCUCGAUGCCAACUUUACCGAUGACUACUGGGCCGGCGGAACACCGGCGGCCGGCGUUCGGCCGUGCAAUCACUGGGUGUACGAUCGGACCAAGUUCGAGAGCAGUACCGUCACCGAUUGGGACAUGGUGUGCGAUCGCAACUGGCUCCGUGCGUCGGCCGAUUCGCUCUUCAUGGUGGGCGUGAUGUUGGGCAGCAUUGGUUUCGGCUACCUCUCGGACAAGUACGGCCGGAAGCCCAUCUUUUUCGCCUCCCUAGUGCUGCAGGUGAUCUUUGGCGUGCUGGCCGGAAUUGCGCCUGAAUUUCUGACCUACACGCUGGCCCGCAUGGUGGUGGGCGCCACCACGUCCGGCGUCUUUUUGGUAGCGUACGUAAUCGCGAUGGAAAUGGUUGGACCGAGCGAUCGGCUGUACGCUGGCGUCGUGUGCAUGAUGUUCUUCUCCGUCGGGUACAUGCUGACGGCCGCGUUCGCAUACUUCAUUCACGGCUGGCGGAUGUUGCAGAUAGCGCUAACGCUGCCCGGCGUACUGUUCCUGUGCUACUGGCUGUUCAUCCCGGAGUCGGCCCGUUGGCUGCUGUCGAAUGGUCGCCCGACGGAGGCAAUUACACUCAUCGAGAAGAUUGCCAAAUGCAACAAGCUUACGGUACCGCAGGAAGCACUCGACAAGUUGGUGGAAGAGGACAAGGCGCAACAGCAGGAGGAUACGAACGAGCCGAAGCCGUCGCUGCUGGACAUCUUCAAGCAUCCCAACUUGCGCCGUAAAGCGAUGCUCAUCUUUUUCGACUGGUUCGUGAACAGUCUCACCUACUACGGGCUGUCCUGGAAUACGAACAAUCUCGGUGGAAAUCCGUUGCUGAAUUUUGUCAUCAGCGGAGCGGUUGAAAUUCCGGCCUAUUCGUUCCUGCUGGUCACCCUCAAUCGCUGGGGCCGGCGAACGAUCCUGUGCGGCUGCAUGAUCUUUGCGGGCAUGAUGCUGCUGACCACGAUGGCCGUCCCUGCGUCGCAGCAGUGGUUAAUCGUGGUGCUGGCUAUGCUCGGCAAGAUGGCCAUUACCUCCAGCUACGGUACCGUGUACGUGUUUUCGGCCGAGCAGUUCCCAACGGUCAUCCGCAACGUGGCGCUCGGCGCAUCCUCCACCAGUGCCCGCGUGGGUGGCAUACUGGCACCGUACUUUAACCUGCUCGGCGACUACUGGCAACCGUUACCGCUGCUCAUCUUUGGUGCGCUGGCUUUCGUGGGCGGUGUGCUGUCACUGUUGCUGCCGGAAACACACAACCAAAAGCUGCCGGAAACGAUAGCGGACGGGGAAAACUUUGGCAAGCACAAAACGGUACCCGGUAGUGGUACCGGAACCAGCGGUAUUAUGGUCGCUGGCGGUGGCGGCGGCGAUCGUGAUGUCGAACGUACGGCGGAAGAGCUGCAAGUACUCAGCAAGCCGGAACCCGCCACAGACGGCGAAGAGAUGGCCUCGGACACCCUUAAAGCAGGAGAAGACAAGAACAAGUAUUAACCAGAGAGGAUAAGGCCUUCAGCAAGCUCAGGUUGGAAUGUGGUUGAAAAAGGGAGCAGUUAACAAGAUUAUUUUUCGCGCUAGAACUCUACGUAAAAAAAGAGUACUCAUAAAACAUAGCUGAACAUAUGUAGAUGGCAGUACAAGAAGAAGGAAAAAAAUGGACGCCCUUAUUGGCGAACAAAAGACUUAUGGUAAGGCGUUAGGACCUGCACACUGAGCUUAACGUUGAACAUAGCGACAUUCUGACGCUUUCCUCCGCAGCAUGCGCAAAUGUCGGGUAUAUUCUUUUAUAUUUCUCUCAACCCUCAGCAAAUCAUACGGUUUCGCACGUAUAUUGUGCUGUUUGCAGCUUUAAAAAUAAUUUCAUCUUUCGCGCAUGCUGUUAUGGUGUAGGGUCUUAUUAUCCAACCCUUUAUUUUGCGGUGAUCUUCCCGAUCUUCACAGCAGGACACUGCGUUCUGCAGGAAUGUGAGUUUUGCGUUCGUUUUCUUUAAUCGUACAUAAUUCAUAAUUAGGGUGGAAAGAAGAUGGCAGAAAUAAUUCCUUUUUUGUCAAGAUAGCAUGCACAUGAGUUGAACGAACGCUGGAAAUUUUGAAGAAGCUUAACACCGCUUUUGGCGUUGGUUGUGUGUAAAUUGUCUUACACAAUUCGACAUAUUUUACAAUGUCACUGUAUAUCUUCGCAUUUAACGAUUUCUUUUUGUUUGUGGCAAAACAAGUUUUUCUGGUAAAUAUGGCAUAGGAUGAGAUAUAGGAUGAGUCAAGACACUCAGUUCAAUAUAUUUACGCUAUAAGUUACAUGCUAUCGUGACGUUCACGGGACUUUUUCAAGAUUUAAUAGUAUCUUUUGAUUCGACACCUAAAACUUGAAAGGUUUCAAUGAUGUGACAAAUGUGUGCAUUUUUGUCUUGUCGGCGGUAAACUCUGUAAUACCUCAUGAAUAAUGUAGAUUCAAUAUUGCCAGCCGUUGUCCUAAACAUUAUCGUACAGUUUUUUUUGUCAUUGAAUUCCAAGGGCGAACAACAAUUUCAAUUCAUUGCAUGUGUCUUUACGAAAAAGUUCAGCUCGAUCAUAUAACGCAAAACAAAAUCAUCGGUCUAUUUCCUUCUGGUGACUUAUCGCUCUCCUCGGGUGCUUCAAAAGUUGUCGUGCCCUUUAUUUAAAGUCAUUCAACAGAUAAUGGAAUUGUUCCUAUGUCGCUACGAUCACAACACGAUCGUUUACUAUUUCAAUCUUCUUCUAAACGAUCUUCUCUAAUCAAUGACGCGACUUCAAUAGAUUCGUUGAAUGGUUGUUGUGCAAUUCGAGCAGAUGUGUUAUUUUCUCUCGUGAAAAGAAUUGUAGGUACAUGAUAAUAUUAAACCACUUGAGCUUAUGAAGUGGGAAAAUCGAUUACCCUGGGAAAUGGAACUUGCUGUGCUGUACACUACUGCGUACAACAUGCGGUGCCUGUAUAUGUGCACAUGUUUGUUCUUCUUAGCGGUCUCUGGCUGAUUGGUUUUUGGGCGUGGAGGAUUUUUUUCACGUGACUGACGCCAUUUGUGUCGUGUUGACAUAAUUCGAGAAAACUAUUUUUGUACACACCGUCUGAUGGAUUUGUGUAUUCGUUCGUCGUAGGACUGUGAAUGCCCACAAAUGCAUAAGUUAGCCCAGUGUGUGCAGUUGGGAAUGGUUUUAAUGUGUGAAAGCGAAUUAUUCUUUUGAUAAUUUUAUACUUUGCGCAGUUUGUUCUUGUACACGAUUGUAGCACAUUCUGAACUCAGGACAAACCUAUUUGUCAUCUAUCAUAUCGCGCCUUUGCUGCGGUCUUAUUGCAUCAGCGACACAAUGGCUCGCACACAAGGAUGAGGUAGUUAUUAAAUGCGCGUAAUGUAAGAAGAACAAUGUUUGUUGUGUCAAAGAAAGAAGGACCAAUUUUAACUAAGGAGCGAAUACGCGAAUAAACGUUGUCCUUCGUUUUAUUUCUUACUUGUACACACAAUGAUCAAUGUAAGCAGAUAAAGCGAAUGACAUUGUGCUAAAUUUAAGGAAGCUUCGUUUUUCCUAGUAAUCAUAAAAUUCAUGCUCUUUCUGAUCGUACUUAUAAGCUACAUAACCAAACUCAACAAGAAGAACACGUACAUACAUUCCAUUACAUGAUAAAGUAAGGUAUGAUAGAACGAGUAUAGUAGAAAGAAGGAAAGGAGUGUGGAGUAUAUUUGAAAUUUAAGCUGAUGCAUAGAAUGUAAUAUAGCGUAAGUUUAAAUAAUAAAUGAAAAUAUUAUCAUCGCUAUAAAGCAAAUCUGCGUUUGAAUGUUUAGCUUAGCAUCUUCUUUGUUGAUUUCACGUACAUCGCAUCGUAUGCGUUGGGUCCCACAAUCAAAGCAUAUCGUUCGAAAGUAACGAGCUUAUCAGGGAAUCAAUAGCUGUUCCUCAUUUGUUUAGCAGGUCGCUCGCUCGUGGGACUGAGAAGAGUAUAAUAGGCUUCGAUAAGCUAAAUCAUUAUUUGAUUCGUAUCAGGCGUUGGUUACCAGAGGUAGUAACAGGCAAAGCAGCUGUAACAAUAUAAAGAACUAAUGUGUAAUGGUAUUUGUAAUGCUUAUUGAGUAUUUUUUCUAAGUUUUUUACUGUAUGCAUGUUGUAAUGAAUGAAUAGGAAUUAUUAUGAAAUGUUCUAGAUAAGAUUCUGAUAUUUGUUCAUCCCUUUGUCGAUUACUGUUUGAUAUCAAGACGAAGUUCCAGCAAUUAGUUUGACUAAGUUUCCGUACUAAACAAAUACAACGCUACAUGGCAAAAACAUU